AUGAGCGCGAACUUGAACCUCCCAAUGGCUGAUUCGCCUACUCUGGCCCUCGUCCACCCUACCGAAGAUGAGCAAUUGAUCCAAUCCAAACUCAAUGGUGCCGAAUGGCGCGGCGCCCUCUCAACAUCUGCCUACCUCCAGCGUGAGAUCACUCUGUCGCAGCAAGCUUUGACGAGAGAAGGAGGCAUCACAUACUGGAUUCUAAUUGACACAGCACUGUCCAACAAUCCUAUGGAUCCAAACUCAGGGACUCGUCUUCCGCUAGCCAGUUGCGAAACCUACCGCAAGAAGGCACUUGUUUGGCGAGACGGCAAAUUACAAGAGAUGGUAUCACAUGGUGUCGGAAGUGUAUUCUGUGGCCAGCACUUACGCGGAAAGGGGUACGCUCAACGACUGAUGAAGGAACUAGGGAAGGCAUUGCAGACGCAUCAAGUAGACGACACGGAAUGCUUAUUCACAAUAUUGUAUUCCGAUAUCGGUAAGAAUUACUACGCUAGACUUGGUUGGAUGCCGUUUCCUUCAUCUCAUAUAGCCCUACCAGCAAGCUCUUCUACACCAACAGCCGACCUGCCCACUGCCCGGCCACUGUAUUCGAAGGACCUUCCGGAGCUCUGCAAGCUUGAUGAGGAUCUCGUAAGGAAGAGCUUGGAGUCACGAUCGAAGGGCAGCAAGACUGCGGUGGCGCUCAUUCCAGAUGUCGAGACCAUUCAAUGGCACCACGCACGCGAGGAAUUUGUUAGCCAGGAGGCCCACGGGAAGAUUCCACAGAUCAAGGGCGCGAUAGUAGGCGACGAGGCUGGCAAACGUGUGUGGUGCUAUUGGACGCGUGUCUGGUACAACGAAGAUGUGUCUGUUGUGAAAGGCAACACAAUGCACAUCCUGCGCCUCGUCGUCGAAGACGAUGUUCUUGGUACCAGGCAAGUUACCGAGGGAGAUGAUACAGCUGUCGCAGCUUUAUUAGCAUUUGCACAGCGUGAAGCGGAGGAAUGGAAAACUGAGUGCUUGGAGAUCUGGAACCCUGCACCGUCAGCGCUAGCUGGUGCCCAGAUACUGGAUAAGAGCACAAAGGUGACAGACAGGCAUACCGAGAGUAUUGCGAGCCUGCUGUGGUAUCCUGAGCACGAAGGAGCGACUGCAGAUCAUGUCGAUUGGAUCAGCAAUGAGAAGUACGGGUGGUGUUGA